AUGGCCGCCGCCUUCGCCCCCAAGCUCGGCCGGAACCUGGCGAGCCCGGACCCGCACCACGGCCCCGGCUACGCCGGUUACUGCCCUCGGUACAAGUUCAGCCUGGGGACAACCUACGGACAGCUCCUGGGCAGCCCUGAGGUCGCUGGCUCCAGCCAGCUGGUGCUGCAGCCCGCCCGUUGGCCCUGCGCCGGUGCCCCGCCCGUGGGGCAGGCCGAGGCGCUGCUGGGGACGAGGCCGGCCUGCUGGGGGGCAGGAGCUCACCCACUGGGAUGCUGCGUGAUCCCAGGCUACACAGGAUUCAUUCCCAGGGCCCAGAACCUCUUCGCCAAGACCUACUCCGAGAUCUGCAAGGAGGCCAGGAGUGACUUCGCCAGGCAGCAGCUGAGAGCCGCAGGCAAGGAGCAGGAUCUGCAGAACGCGGGGCGGCUGCCCCAGGGCACCAAGGGCAAACUCCUCACCACCAAGUACAGGACUCCGGUCCCGGCAGCAGCUGCCCCGUACGUAUCUCCCUUCGCCUUCCAACCACAGGGCUCCCCCUACUCCAUGGAGGACAACAACCCCCACAAGUGCUUCAUCUCGGGCUUCACCGGCUUUGUGCCCCGCGCCCGCUUCCUGAUUGGGGCAGGCUACCCGCUGACCACCCACCGCGCCCUGGUGGAGUUUGGCCAGACCAGAGGGAGCAGGCCUGAGGCCGGGAAAGGCAGCCUGGUCCUUCCUCCACUGCUGAAGUCGUACCCCACGGACAUGGGGCUGCUGCCCCACUACGCAGGCUACGUCCCAGGCUACAAGUUCCAGUUUGGCCACACCUACGGCCAGCUUACCCACAAUGCCCUGGGGCUGAGCACCCUGGAGAAGCAGAUGGGCGACUAGUGCCCGGGGCUGGACCGGUUCCUUCCUGGCGCUGUUUGGAGCCUGCCCUGCCGUGUGCACGAGCAAUAAAGA